ACGAGCGAUGAGGGAGGCAAAGUCCAAUCGACCGGCGAGCGACGCUAGCAAGGCUGAUGGAACAGGGAAGUGACCUUUUCUGACGCAGCAGGAAUUUGCCAGGCUUGCGAUGGCGCUCUUCCAUGGUUUGUCUCCUUUCUUAGUCAAUCUCAUGUUGUAUGCUCAAUCCUUUCAUUUUCCUCGUACGGUGCACGCAUCGGCAUCCUCUCCCUCGUGUUCCAAGGCGACAGUCUGCCUCACCGAAAAUAGGUGGCCCCUGCACGCUCGAGGCAGAGCCCUUGAGGUCGGUCCAAUCAUUGCUGCCCGCCACCCCUUGCCAUCCUCCCUAUCGCAUCCGUUACCUACCAUCGUCUGAAGAGCCAUCGCAGCAAACCAGCUGCAUCGUUGCUGGUCGUCUAGACCAAGCGAUUGGUAGACGCCGUCAUUGUCAGCCUCGCAAGCC